AUGGACGAUAACCUAUCAACAACGCCCAUCUCCAUCAAAUCGAACAAUUUAAGAUCAAAUCCCUCAACUCCACCUACUCCAACUACCUCCUCUUAUAACACUCACACUAAUGACAACAUAUCUUCCAUAUUUAAUCAAUUUAAUUGCCUUUCCUUCAACGAUAAACUCUUGGCUUUGAAUUUUAUCCUUCCUUCUCUCUCCAUCCCUCAAGUUAUACACGCCAACAACUUAUUAGCCCCAAGACUUAAGAGAGAUUUCUUAAAGGAACUACCUCUUGAAUUAUCCUUACAUAUUCUCUCUUUCAUUAACCACCCAAACACCCUCGCUAGAUGCUCUCAAGUCUCUAAAUGGUGGAGAGACAUUGUCGAAGAUGAAAAUAAUUGGAAAGAUAUGUGCUUUAAACAUCGUUAUAAACCUUCUUCUUCCUCUUUACAACAUAGAGUUAAUUUUUACAGAUCUAAUUCUAUUGUCAGGAGAAACUCCUUGGAUUUAAACUACGACAAUUCCUUCUGGACCUCUCAACAACCUAUUCAACAAUUUUCCUACAAGAAACAUUUUAAACACUCCUAUUUAACUGAAUCUAAUUGGAGAAAAGGCGGUAGACUUAUCUCCUCUCAUGUCUCCCCUGAAGAUGCCGUAGUCACAUCCCUUGUCAUGGAUGAUAACUUUAUCAUUAUUGGAAUGUCAAACUCUAACAUUCACAUUUUUGACGCUACUACUGGUAGAUGGAAGUGUGCUUUACAAGGUCACAUUCAAGGUGUUUGGUGUUUAGUCUUGGUUUCUAACAUUCCUCACCUAUCUUCCUCUAAUUACCCUCCCUCCCCUCACUCUUCUUCAACUCAAAACACUCCAAAACAAGAGUUCGGUUUAGGCUUUGACUUCGACUUUAUUAGACCUCCACUAUCAAAUCAUAACUCUUUUCCUUCAACUUCAUUUAACCAACUGAAUGAUGAUCAAUAUCAAAGAUCCAAUUCAACUGAUUUUAAUAAUCCAUCGUCUUCAUCUUCCAAGCAGCGUAGGAAGCACUUUUCUAAAAUCUUUAGAGGUAAUAAUUUCGCUAACGAUGGUAAAUCCAUCUGUGGAGCUGUCAAAGGUUGGGGUCAAAACGGUACCAUUGUUGUCUCUGGAAGCUGCGAUAGACAUGUUAGAGUUUGGGAUGCCGAAUCAGGUCUUUGUUUACACACUUUGUCCGGUCAUACUUCUACUAUUAGAUGUGUUAAAGUUAUCCCUGGUAAACCGAUAGCUGUUUCCGGUUCAAGAGAUGCUACAAUUAGAGUUUGGAAUAUCGAAAACGGUACUCUCAUUCAUAUCUUGCAAGGACAUCAACAUUCUGUCAGAUCUCUGGAUGUCUCUGGUGAUAAAAUUGUUUCUGGUUCUUAUGACUGCACAAGUAAACUAUGGGAUUUAAAUUCUGGUGAAUGCUUGUUCACAUUUCAAGGUCAUGCUCAUCAAAUUUACUCAAUCGCUUUCAAUGGCGAUAAAAUUGCAACUGGUUCGAUGGAUAAUACGGUUAGAAUUUGGUCUGCUUCUCAGAAGAAAUGCUUAGCAAUGUUACAAGGUCAUACGGCUCUGAUUGGUACUCUACAAUUAACCGACAACAUUCUCGUAACUGGUGGUAGUGAUGGUAGAGUCAUAGUUUAUAACCUAGAAAACUAUGAAUGUCUACAUAGGAUUGAUGCUCACAGUAACUCCGUCACUUCAUUACAGUUCGAUGAACGCUUUAUCGUUUCCGCUGGGAAUGACGGUAGAAUUAAGCUAUGGGACUUUGAAACCGGCAAACGUAUAAGAGAUCUCUCUGAAAGAGGGGAAUCUAUUUGGCGAUUAGCUUUCACUGAAGAGAAAUGCGUCAUUCUUUCUAGACGGAAUGGCAAAACUACAACGGAGUUACGUAAUAAGGAGGUCGAAGCUGAUCGCUUGAAUCAACGUAAGAAAGCUAGAUCUAUGCAAAGCCAUAGUCAAAAUGUUACUAGUAGUCUUGCUUCUAGGAAUAGAGCAUCAUCUUCCGAUAAAAGUACAAAACCUGCCAAGCAACAGGAAGUACUUACCCGUGAAGAAAAGCGUAACAUUAAGCAAAAGAAAGAUUUCGGUGAAUACGGUGCGCGACAGAAAUCGAAGUCACAACAAAAACCACAUCAAGACAACUACCAAUCAGGGGGUCUAAUUGCACUCAAUACAAAGAAGAGAGAUACGAGAACAAUCGAAGAAAUUCAACACGAUUUGAAGUCAAAGAAGAGUAUUGAUAAUGGACACAGCAAGAGUGACACCAGACAGUCUAUAUCUAAGAGAAAAGCACCGUCACUGCCAGAUUUAUCUAAAAGAAAAACUGCUUCUAAGGACUCUAAAAACGAUAUUGACAGCGAUGAUAGCAUAAGUAAUGAUGUUGAUAGUGAUGGUGGUGAUGGCUAUAACAGUCAUGAUAUUUGGAGUCUAUUUGGUAAAGACAAGGCUAAGUACCUCGAGCGCGAUUACGACAGUAAUGAGAGUGACGCUGAUAUGGAAGCUACGAAUGAAGACGUUAUCGAUGAAGAGCUUUCAAGGUAA